AUGGCCGUCCAAAUUGCACAGGGUCUCACGCCAGAGCAGCUUGCUUUCUUCAAUGAGAAUGGAUAUCUCCUGAUACCAGACGCGCUGUCACAAGACACCGUCAAAGAGCUCCUAAAUGACACCACCCAAAUGCUCAAUGACUUCUCGCUGGAUGACCAUCCUAUGACCAAGUUCUCGACUGGUGGUGAAGACGGCGCGGACCAUGUAGGGGACAGCUACUUCUUGGAAUCCGGGGACAAAGUACGCUUCUUCUUUGAAGAGGACGCUUUUGACAAAUCCGGCAAUCUUACAAAGCCUAAACAUCGCGCAAUCAACAAGAUUGGUCAUUAUCUGCACGAGCUUUCCCCUUCAUUUCGCAGCAUAUCUCUCUCCGAUCGCAAUGCCGCCAUUGCCUCGUCAUUGGGGUUUCGCGAUCCACGGGUUCUCCAAUCCAUGGUCAUUUGCAAACAGCCCGAGAUAGGCGGCGCUGUGCCACCUCAUCAGGACAGCACGUUCUUGUACACUGACCCACCUAGCGCGGUGGGUUGGUGGUAUGCCCUUGAGGAUGCUACAAAAGAAAACGGCUGUCUGAGCUUUGCUGCUGGGAGUCACAAGCGAGCUCCUAUUGAAAAGAGGUUUGUUAGGACGGGCAAUGGAACCGGCUUCAUCGACAAUGACGGGGCCAAGUUUCCGAACAGUAUAAAACCCGAGAGUCAGGGUGAGAAGGGGUAUGAGAUGGUAGAGAAGGAGGAAAAGUAUGACAUGGGCGAAGUCAAGGCUGGAACGCUAGUUCUCAUCCAUGGCAACAUUCUCCACAAGAGUGAGAAGAACACGAGCGAAAAGAGCAGGAAUAUAUAUACAUUCCAUGUCAUUGAGGGCGACCAAAAGUACGACGAGAGGAAUUGGCUGCAACCACCUGCACAGGGUUUCUCGAAACUAUAUCAGAAGACAACAGCGGCGAAUGGAACGAACGGACCGGAUUCGAGCAACAGACUUGCAAAGGAUUGGUAG